AUCGUCAAUCAUCAUCAUCAUCAUUUCACUGCGCGGAUUAAUUGAAAACAAAUUUUAUUCAGCAGGCAAUUCUCUUUUUAAAAUGAAAAAGUCUAAAACAAUUUUGGAUUUUUUUAGUAAAAGUCCCUCUGUCCCGACCAAACAAGGUUCUUCAUCUAACGAAUGUUCCUCAACUAUGAAAUUUGUGAAUGAUGUUCCUAAACGUGCUAGUAUUGGUGAACCAGAUGCAAGUCCUAGGCGAUCGCAUAAAAAGACUUUAAGUAAAACAUCAAUGAGUACAGGAAAAAAUUGUCUAUCUUCGUCAGUUCAUCUUUAUAAGAAUGGAGUGAAGUCAAAUGAAGGUAAAAUUCCUGUUGUUACCUCUCAAGAAUCAUUGGAAAUUGGAGAGGAUAAGUCAGAGGAAAGUAUUGAAGAGAAGAAUAUUGAGUCAGCAAC